AUGCUUCAACUUAUUUUACCAGACCACGGAAAAGGGAGGUAUCGGAUCGUUAUCUUGUGGAGUGUGGUUGAGAGCUCCAACCGUGACGCUGCAUACAUCCGUUUUCGCUUUCAAUAUCAGAAUGUUGGCUCACGGCGAUCUUGGUUUCUCUCCUUAGGAAGCAAUAAAGAAUUAAUACGAAGAUUUGAUGCACAGCCAGGCACUCUUGCGAUAGGGAUCGACGACUCGAGGACAACUAGGCUUUUACUGAAUCACAUCACCAGAAGAAAACUUGUACCCGACAGGUACUUUCGACAUGGGGAUUCAAGAGCUUCCCAAGUUGCUAACAUGAUAUAUUUAAAAGCUGCUUGGAAGAGCGUUACUGACCCCUUUGCCAUCCAAUGGUUACUACUCGUCCUCAUAUUUCACACGGACAACCUGUUACCAUGGGAUCGUAUCAUCAGCUAUCUUCUGGACCUGCCUAUUACCACCGUCAGUGCUGCCAACGGUCAUCUGGGAAACAUGGCCGUUUCAUUGUUCAGAGCCUGGCUGGAAGGGGAUUGGAGAAUGCUGACACCUCGCAUGCUAGCGUGGACCCAGGCAAUCAGCUGGUGGCUGGCCUUUUCGGUUGUCAUGACAAGCACGCUCACUGGUGUCCGAGAUGUAAUCUUAUCUGUGUUCGCCGAUUCACUGAUCAGAGCAACUGGAAGCCCGAAGCGUCAGACUCGCUGGAAGCUUAAGAAGAGAGGCGUGCUGGUCAUAGCGAACCUCCAGCUCUCUCCUGUGCUUCUUGAUGACCUCGACCUCCCGGUAUCAGCACACUCAGCAAAGGUGGAAACAUUGGAGCUCUCUCUCCCCCUCCUGGCUUUUGUCCUCGCUAGAAACAUCUCUCUGCAAAUCAGAGGGUUUCAUGUGGAGCUGACUUCUCGCAAGUUCCCCUCUGAGAGGGAUUGUCAUGGUCUUGAUGCUCAGGUGGAAGCAGAGAAAAGGGCCAGGCAACGGCAGAGGUUGACUGACAUUGACAGAUUGCUUUGGGAUGACAACACUCCUCCUCCUUCCUUCAUGCAGAAAUUUCAAGACUUUCUCAUUUUCGCAGUUGCCUCCCGUGCAGCCCAGUGCGUGCAGGUUUCCAUCUCCCAGGUGACCAUUCGGUUUCGACCCAGCAGCCUGAGCUCUCUGCCUGAUCAUCUCCACCGCACUCUCUCCCUCCGCCUCGACUCCCUCAGCCUCAGCAACGGCCCUCCAGCCUCCACUGACUUGCUGCUUCCCAGGGCAAAGGUGGUGGACGUGCGGGGCUGCAAGCUUGAGCUCGUGAACGAGCCGAGCAGGCCUUCCGCUCCAUCUUCAGGGGUUCAAGCGGGAAAUGGCAGUGCUCCAGCUGGCAAGACGGAUUCGUAUAGCAGACUGCCCAGGCAGGCUCCACCGAGGGCUGCAGUGACUGUGGUGAAGCGCUGGAGCUUCUCUGUGACUGUGGAGGCAGGAUGGGGUCUAUGGCAUCAGGGCAGCAAGAACAGUGGUGUGGUGGUGUCGGCCUCGCUGGACAUGGGUGCUCUUAUCAUGAGUGCGAAUGAAGUGGUGGUGGAGUAUCUGUAUGGCUUGGCUGUGGACCUGACUGAGUUCACAGACUAUGCCAAGUACAGACAGACUCGCCCUCGUGCUUCAGUGCUGGAGGAUCCCAGGGCAUGGUGGCGCCAUGCCAUUGGAAACGUGGCACGAGACCUGCGAGCAGCAGCAAUGGAUGUUGAGCUGACAGGGCUGUCGCAGUCCCGUCAGGCCACCCUGCGCAUGCAGUACGAGAAGCAGUACAGCGAUUUCGUUGCAGGGCGCUGCUGGUCCAUGACAGCUGCUCAGACGCGCCUGCAACAGCUGGAGCAGCAGCUUGGCACGUUCAACUGUGCGCUUGUGCGGUUCAGAGUGGCACUGACAGCCGAAUCUGAGGGGUUGUCCCACAAUGAGCCUGCGUGGGAUCAGCACAUGGCCGAUGUGAGAAGCAAACUCCAGGAUCUGAACUACUUGCUUUCUGGUGGCUCUGUUCCUGAGCCUCAGGCACAGAAGCCGGUCAUUGAGGUCAGCAGCAGAUUUACCUGCCCCAAGCUCUGCGUCUUGUUGACAUCAGCGUCAAACCUUGAUUGGGGUGCUGAGGUGUCGCUGCAUGAGGUGGCGCUGAGGUUCACUGAGGGGGGUUCCCUUCACGCUGAGGUGUCAUGCAGAGAGCUUCUGGUACGAAACUUCUAUGUCCCUGAGAGCGAAUUAGUAGGGAACAUCGUGCACUCUGUCAGCUCCUGUCAAUCCUCCACCUUUCCUUCCUCUGCAGCCUCCUCCCCUUCCAUUGGUCCUCGUGCCUCACCCCUAUCAGCUUCAGUGCCUGGCUCUAGUCAACCGUCCCCACUGCAUCCUUCUCUAGGCAGUCCUGCUGUGCCUGCUGCAGCAGCUGCGGCUCCUCCAUCUUCCUCCCUUUCCUCGGGCUCCACUCCCUUCUUGGCGGUCUGUUUUGUUCAACGAUACGGCUCUCAGCCCCGUCCCUGCCAACUGCCCACCUGUCUCGUCGGCAGGUGGCAUCUCUCCUGCCCCUCAGAACUCAAGAAACCAAGUUCAGGCCGUUUCCUCCAGUUCCUCCAGUCAAUCCGGUCUGACAAGUACACGAAAGCACCGCAGCAGAGCCAGAAAGCUGUGCCGACGCAAGGAGAGAGGCAGCAGCAACAGGAUUUGAAUGAUCCAACGGAAGGGUCAGAGGAGAGGGGACAGACAACACAUCAACGGACGGAGGGAAGCAGGGGAAGUACGGGAGCGCAUGGCGAGGCGAAGUGGAAAGGGGAGCGUGAACUGGGCGUGUUAGAGCUUGGGUGGGGCGAGGACGAGUUGCAGCGGCUGCAUACUCGAGUGGAGGCACACAUGUCUCCCCUUCGAGUCUUCCUCGACCGCCGCUGGCUUUUCCAGCUCAUGCAGCUUCUCUCCUCGUCUCCCUCAACCCAAUCACAGUCAACUGUAGCCAGCCAAGGCAGAGUGCCUGGCCACUUGGCCUCACAGGCCGGGAAGGGUGUGACUAGCCGUGCAGAGGUUAGAGCUGGUGUAGGGAAAGGAUUGGGAGGAGAAGGUGCAGGGAGACAAGGUGGGGAGAUAGCAAUGGGGGACGCAGCUGGUGGUUCAGGUGACACUGAAUGGAUGCCCGAUAUCACCAAGCAGCAGCACUACCUGUACCACAGAAGGGGAGACUGUGGAAGCCUGGAUGUUAGGAGCAACGGUGCUCCUGCUAGUCCUGCUGAAAGGCGUCCAGGCACACCCGGUGGUGGCGCGGGGCAGAUCCGUGGUGGUGGUAUCAGUGAUGGUGGUGCGGCGCCGCUGAACCCUGCUCUGUUCGCGGAUCUGCAGGAUUACGUGAAGGAGUUUGGGCAGCACGUGGCGAGGAAGCGAGUGCAGCAUGUCAGGGAUAACCUGCCAGAAGUCGCCGCCCGGGUUGGCAGCAUACUCUUCAUCAUCCCAUGCCGCGACAUUGACGUCACGCCUCGUCCAUCAUCGGCAUCAGGAUCAGCUGCCACUCAGCGCUCGUCGGUGCCUUCAGCAGGAGGUGACAGUGACUUUCAGGCAUUCUUUGAGCGACAGAAAAUUGCUCAAGCAUGGAAGACCCAGGGAACGGGCAUGGGAGCGCAGAGAAGGAGACCUGCAGCACUGACCCCUCCCCUGCUGGUGAUAUCUUUGUCAGAGAUCAUCCUGGACACAAGGCCGACUGAAAGUGCCAUUCUCCAGAAGCAGGAUGCUACCUCAGAAUCAGCACCGUCGUCCAGCGACCAAUCCCUAGCUGCCAGGUGGCGCAAGGUGGUGGCGUCCAUGUCAUCGCACAGGGGAUGGAUGCAGCGGCAGCAUGUGGGCCCACUGCCGCCCAAUUCUCUGGAGCAGAUCAACGUGGAGCUCACCAUGGAGGCUUACUUGACCCGCACUUCUCUUUCCAACGUUGCAGACUUGCGGGAAAACCCCUCUCGCCAGGCUCUUUCCUGUGCUCUUCCAUCCCAACCACAUCUGUCCUUUUCACCCGUGCGCCUGCAACCUACCUUACCUUCUACCGUGCAGCUGCUGAGUGUGGAGCUAGUCACGUCAGUCUUCAUCGUUCAGCUCUCCCCACUCAUUGCCAAGGAGGUGUCCCGCCUCGUGCACACUUUAAGUGAGACCUUUGCAAGCACCGGAGACCUCUCCUCAACCAGCAAGGAACCACCGCCACCUCCACCAGUUACACCUGGAGCACACCAGCUGGGGUGGAGGUUCUCCCUAAAAGGAGGCGGCUUCCUGGUGGAGGCGUGUCAGGAGAUGGUGCCGCACAGCAAGGCUGACUGCCCCUACGGCGUGUGCCACUGCCGCCAGUGGGUGCCUUCGUCUGACACCGCUGUGGUACUCGUCUCCACCGCAGAGGACCUGCGCGGAUGCCCUCCCAGCACUUCCAAAUCAGUUCCUCCACCUACUGCUGCUGCCUCUGCUUCUGCUGCUGCUGGGGGUUCUGCGGUGGAAGGCCAGCCCCGUGAGCCAGUGGUGGUGGUGUUCCGAGUGAGGCUGGACAAGAUUCGUGUGGAGGCUGAGCAGCACAAUGAUAAGUUAUCUCUCCUAUUGCUGCUCAGAGGUCUCUCCAGUGGUCGUAUCCUCCCUCCUACUGCGAUGGUGCGGGAACUGUUUCCCCCUGGCAAGGCCAUGAUGGCACGGGUGUUUUACCGGUGGCGCCUUCAGACAGUGGUGGCGAGGGGUUACAGUGAUGUGGCCAUAUUUGCUGCCUACGAGGCGCUCCAGCGGGCCAAGGCUCAGGUCGCUGUUCAGCUGCAGGAGGCAGGAACAUUGCAUCAGGUGGCUGUGAAAGUCGCCCUCCUCCCAUUCUGCUGCGACACCAAUAACCUCUCCGCAGUGCUCACCUUCCUCACCCACCUUCAAGCCGCUAUCUCUCGGACCACCUCUGCUCCACCGGGUCCCUCAAAUCCCCAAGCUCUGACUUCUGGAAGCAGCGAAGUAGAGAGGGACUCGUGGGGCGAGCCCACACCCACUGCUUUACCCUCCGUCCGCCCAAAUUCUUCGUCUUUCCGGUCGCGUGUGUCUUUUAGAGAUAGAGUGGAGGACGACGUGGAAAUGGAAGAUGAGGAGGAGGAGGCACAAGGUGGGGAGACGUGGCCUGGGAAGCAUGUGGGGGAUGGAAAAGGAGAUGGUUCAGAGUUCGGGCCUCGCGUGCGGAGGACUGGCGGAGGGAAGCGGAUGAGCAUUGAAGAGCUGGCCGUUGACGGAAGCGAGGCAGGCACGGAUGUUGACGAGGAUAAUGAGAAGCAAGGAAAGAGAGUGUCUCUGGAUGAUAGCCCUCUGGACAUCUUAGGUCCGCGUUCUGAAUGGCACUCUAACGGAGCUCCCUGGGAGGGAAUGAGUGAGAUGCGAACACGAGGACGGAGCAGGGAUGGUGGAGAAAAGGACGGGAGAGGUGAAGGGUGCCGUGUGUAUUCAAUGAGUGGGUGGAGGGAGAGGAGGAGGGGUUGGCAGGGAAACAGAGGGGAGGGAGAGAGCGGGAAAAGCAAUGCAACGAGUGAAGUGUGGAAGUUGCAGGCAGAGCUGGGAUGUGGCAUGGUGAUCAUGUCCAUUGGGGGGGUUUCCUUUGGCAGCGUCAUCAUGCAGAGGGUGAAGGUGGACUUAACCUCGCAGCCAGAUGCAGUGGAUGUGGAUCUCACUGUGGGCGAUCUGGAUGUGGUUGACAUGCUCGCCAACUCCAAGCACUACUCUCACAUUUUUGAGCCCAACGGAGACCUUCCAAGCCUGAACCUUGUCAUUCGGCAGAACAUGGUGCAGCGAGGGCCGAACCUACCUGCCAAACCUCAGGUGUGUGUGUUUGUGGAGAGCCAGCAGACGAGGAUGACUGCCAUCUUCCGUUUCUUCAACGACUUUGCUCUCUUCGUGGAGCGCAUGGCGCCCAUCUUCUCACCCCCCCAGGCACCCGGUCCAUCUAAAGAAGGCGGCGGCUCAACCAAGGGCCAGGAUGCCAAGAGGGAGGGGUCAAAGCAGGGGGAGGGUAAAGCAGCUGGGGAUUCAGACGGAGAGGAUGCGCCUCCGCUGGUGUUCCUGCACAUCUCGGACCUGUCGCUCUGCCUCCCAGUGUCGUCGUGGAGCGAGGAAUCUCUGGAUGUGCGAGUGGAGACCAUCAAUCUCAUCGUUCCCACUCCAGCUUCGCAGCGCCUGUCCCAGCACACACUGCUCAGACUCGCAACAGGCAUCCGCCCGCACGACCCGUCCUUCUGGAAACCGCUGGUGGAUGCUUUGGACCGCUCCCCCCCCGCCUCCCCCGACUCCGUUGGCAUUCAGCUCUCCCGUGUUGGGGGCUACUGGUCCCCCUCCAAGACCAUCACGCCCAAGGUGGAGCGGAACAUCAUCUCAGAGAGUGGUGUCUUCAUCUCCGUGCAGUCGAACCCAUCACGGGUGCACGUGCACUGGCCUCAGGUGGAGAUUCACCUGGGCCUCACCCAGUACAAUGCCAUCAUGACCCUCAUCUUCCAGAACCUCGCAGAGGGCUGCUCCUUCACAGACGACCAAGUGUACAACCCGAUGGUGGGUCGCCCCAUGGGCGGCGAGGCUGCUCCUCCGGACCCCUGCAUCAGCCUGGCAGGACUCACCCCCGACUUGGAGAUUCAGCUCGACUUCGGCCGCGCUGUCAUCCACGCCGAGAUGGAGCACCCGGCCACUCUGGUUGAGAACGGCUUUGGUGACCCUCUUUUGUCAUUGAGAGCGCAUCGCCUCACCAUUGUCUACUCCAACUACACUGAUUUCUCGCAAGUGACAGUGAAGGCGUUUCGCCUGCUCUUAAGGGACGACCGCUUCCUCAAGUUUUCCCAGUCAGAGCUGGCCCUCAUCGAGACCAAUUCCUCGCGGGCCAAGCCGCCCCCCACCUCAGCUUCCACAUCCACCCGCCUCUCCACACCUCCCACCCACACCCGCAACUACACCACCCCCAUGGGUGGCGAGUCCGGGCAAGGGCUCGGGUGCGAUCUGGACAGGUCGUUUCUGGUGAACGUGGUGAUGAAGGCGGAGGGCACGACGGGCGUGCAGGUGGUGUUUGAGCGCACCAGCAUUGUGUGGCCCUUCUACACGGACCUCUCACUUGUGUGGGAGUUUCUGGAGGUCGUGGCUGGGUACUUUCAGAAGCCGGGGUGUGCGCUCGGGCCUAUCAGUCUGCAACCAGAUUCGUGGCUGAUGGCCAACAUCCUGCUGCAUGACUUUGAUCUGUUGCUGCCAGUGCCAGAGGAGAGCCUCAUCAACGUCUGCCCGCCUCCCUCCAGCUCCCACCACUCCAGCCCUCCUCACGCCAACCCUCCUCUCGCCACCCCGUCACCAAUCACUGCUGACUCUUCUCCAGCCUUCCACUCCGCCCAAUCCCGCAUGCCUCCUCCCUCCACUCUGCCUGACCGCUUCUACGAUGCUUCUGAGGUUCUCCCUGCGAGCCGACGCAGCGGCAGUGUAGGUGCUGGGGGUGCUCCUGCUGGCAGUGGCUUUGGCAGGAGUGGCAGCAGUGGCAGCGGUGACAGCGGGCAGUUUGAAAGUGCAAGGAACACGUUUGAGGAGCCAGUGUGGGUGCCGGAGUUGCAGGUGUGGAGCGACGACGUAUACCUCUUUCUUUCAGAGCUCAAAGCCCAUGGGCUCAAGAUCAGGGGACAGACUCUGCGGGUGGGGCAUUUUGCAGGAGGAGACGGGGAGAGCAAGCUCCUGGUAGACUUUAUCCGCGUCAGCAGUGUGUUCAUCCACCAGUCUCAGUACUUUGCCCCUCACGACGUCAUUGGGGAGUUCACUGCCCAGCUUCUGUUUAACCAGCACUCUCCCAAGUGUGCCAAUAAACAGGCCAGCCUGCUGUCACUGCACAUCACACCUGAUCUCCAUCCGUCGCUCUCUGCAUCUCCACGUUCUUCCUCUCCUGCUGCUUUCCCUGCCUCCGCCACUGGAGGGCAAUCCAGCAGCAGUGCCGUCAAGUCUGGCCGUCUGCCUAUUUACUUUGUUUUCUCUCAUCUUGUGGUCCUUAGCUCGUUCCUCCGGACGCUCAACAUCCGCCUCAAGCGCAGCCAGGGCAAUCUGCUGCAUCAAAACCUCGACCUGUAUGGGGACCCACUGCCGCCCGCCUUUGUGCCGUCCAAGCUGGGCGUCAACCUCCAGAUCCACGAGCUCUUUGUUGCUCUCAUCGACGACAGGAUGGGCAACCCCACGUCGGUGCUGGAGCUGGUAGCAAAGGACAUCGCCUUCAAUGCCACAAGCCAGAUUCUCACCGAUGGCGGACCCGAGCUGCUCUCCUGCCGCCUCUCCCUCACUCUCCUCUCCAACUUCCUCAACUCCGGCUUCGAGAUCAUGGAGCCAAUGACAGAAGCAUGGCAGUUGGGGGCUGACAUGAAGUCCACGGGCAACCACGUGACGAUAGCAGUGCAGUCGCACCAGCUGCUGAACGUCAUGUUCACGCCCAUGCAGCUGCGCUCGCUGGGAGACGCCCUCAACUUCUACACGCUGCUCUCCAACUCGCUGCUCGUGCUGCCGGGGGGUAGCCUGCAUGGAAGCGACCGUGACGAGUUGGGUUCUGGAGCAUCCUCCUCAACAGCUCAUGGAGGCUCAGUUCCACCUGCCACCUCCGCCCGGAUGACUCGAGCAAUGAGCAUGCUGAGGGCACGCGAGUACUUCCCCAAGUCAGGAACCCUUGCAGAGACACUGGAGGCGUCACUACAGGAGGUGGCGGUGGGAAUGGUUAGCUACCGAAUGGUCAACCUCUCAGGCCACACGCUCUACUACUGGACCGAGAAGGACGAGGAGAAAUCCAAGACGUACUCAGUGGAGGAGGGCGAGGAGCAGGUGCUGGAGGUGCAGCCAGUGCAGAAGGUGGUCACUCUCAGGGACACCCGCAAGAUUCUUGCGCGCACCAUCUGUGUCAAGCUCAAGGGGGACUGGCUGCCCAUCAACGACAUUGUCAUGGACAAGGUGGGCAAGUACGUGAUGGACCUGCGGCUGCCGGGGAGCACAGUGGUGCUGCCGGUGGUGUUUGACGUGACACUCAAGUCGCGCACCAAGAUCAUCACUGUGCACUCCACCAUGCACCUCCGCAACGACCUCGACGUGCCACUCGUCUUCUUCGCCCUCCUGCCCAGCCCCAAGGAGACUGGAGGCGAGACAGCCAAGUCCUCCUCGCAAGUCAAAAAGUUCUCCCUUGAGAAGGACGUGGUGGCACUGGACCCAGAGCACCUGCUGGAGCAGCAGGGCCUCCUCGAGUUCCCCAUCCUCAACCAGGGCGGCUGCUCCCCGCUCGUGGGCAGCAGCGGCGGCACCAGCAGCAACAGGCUGCUGACCCGUUUCGGCAGCAUGACACGGAGGCACAGUGAUGGCGGGGGGAGUCUGAGACUGAGUGAACUCGGGAGUGUGAAGAGGGGGAGCAUGGCAAACGAAGGAGAGGAUGAGUUUGAGAGGAGCAGUGGCGUGGGUUCCUUGGAGGAGUUUGACAGUGCGAGUGAUGUGAGGAGGCCGUUUUACUGCUGUCUGCAGGUGAACUCGGAUCCUCUCGCGCACAGUGCGAGCAACGGGUUGUACGAGGAGUUCACUCUGUCCUUUGUGCCCCCUGUGGCGAUCCAAAACGGCCUGCCGUAUGACUUGGAGGCGUAUGUGUGGGAUGUGGAGUGGGGCACGCGUCACAUUGUCUACGUUCCUUCUGGCGAGUCCCGAGACCUAUACCACGUCAGCCUAGACCACACGCUGCAGAUGCACAUUGCGCUCUUUGUGCCAGGAGGGGAGUACAGGACGCGCCGCCGGUACCCCAUUCACUUCCCUCCCAACCCGUUGCUCCAGAAGCAGUUUGGCAGCCGUGCUUUUGCCUACGACGUGCGCACUCUCCGCCUGGCUGUCAAGUGCCGACUCUUCCCACAGCACGCCCCAUCAGCCUCGCCCAUCACUCUCUCCAUCGACAACCGCCACAACUGGCAGUCGCGCAAUCGCAGCAUUUCUUUACUCGCUCACUACUGGGUCAUCAACCUCACCAAGUUCCGCCUCAAGCUCUCCACUGGAUCCUCCCAGAACCCUCUCGACUGCCCACGGUACCAGGAGGGCCAGCCAGCCCUGCUGAACGUGCGCCGCGGGGCGAUCACUGCGAUCAGCUUGGAUGGCUUCCAUUGGUCGAAGUCGAUCUCGAUAGAUUCUGUUGGGAUUAAGGGGUCGGUUGCGGUUGCUGGCCCGGCGUCCACAGCGUCACAGCACCACCAUCAUACGUCAGAUCAUGCUUUGAUGCGGCAGCAGACGACCGAGGAGUGGGAGAACGUGGUUCAGCUGGAAGCUCCUGCUGGCACUCCCUCCCGCCGCACCACCGCCAUGUCACCUUUCCCAGCCCUGCGGCGCUUUGAGUUUGGGGUGGAGGUGCGGCUGGCGCCAUCACUGUGCGAGGGCACCAAGCUCGUCAUCAUCUCUCCUCGCUUCAUGGUUUCGAAUCAGACGGGCCAGGCCAUGCAGAUCGCACAGAUCGGCACCACCACUGCCCGGGUUCUGGCGGACAAGAUGCGGCAGCCGUUCCACUGGGAUGACGAGAAGCUCGGGACGUACCUGGUGGCUCGGUUGCUGAGCAGCGAGCAGGAAGAGGAUGACAUGGAUGAUGGCACAGAGGCGGGGGCGGAGGAGGAGGGGGGGGAGGAGGAGGAGGAUGAGGUCAGCUUGAGUUCUGAUGGAGAGCAUAGUGAGGGGGAAGAGGAGGGCGAGAGAGGGGAGGGAGUGGAGGAGAGGCACGCAGGGGAUGAGGUGCGAGGGAUGCAGAGGUUGCCGAGGGACUCAGAGGAUUCGCUUGUGUCGUGCGAGUCGAUGGAGGGUAGAGAGCAGGUGCAGACAGGGGCGAGCAGCAUUGGGUCUGAAGGGUGUGAUGACGGUGGGGACAGCUACCGUGAUAAGAAGAUGGGGUUACCAAAGGCCCAGGAGGGGACCGGGGCAAGUAAGAAGACUGCAGGGAAGGGGCGGCGGAGCAAAGGAGGGGAGAUGGACGUGGAUUGGGACUGGUCGGGUGCGUUUGAUAUCGACAAGCCGGGUGAAUCCGCAGUGCGCAUCAAGCACAGGCGCAAGAGGGGAAAGUACGCCAUUCUCUCCAUCGACGUCUCGCUCAAUGGCGCCUCUGCUCUCGUCACGUUUGGCAUCUGCGGCUCCAAGCACAAGCCUCCGCCCUAUCGCAUUGAGAACCGCUCGGCCUUCAUGACCAUCAAGUACGGGCAGCUCACCACCCCCACACGGCAAAGGCUGCCUCCCAAUCGCUCCACCAACUAUGCUUGGGACCAGCCACGCAUGGCCCAGCUGCUGCAGGUGGAGAUUGAGGGGUUCGGUGUGACGCGCGAGUACGACCUGGACGGCAUUCGCGAGCUGCCCACCAUCAUCCUCUCCGAAGACGACUUCACUGGCAAUGCGUCGCUGAGAGACAGGAUGUUUGUGAUGGUGGGAACGCAGGCUCGAGCGGUGGCAGCGCUGUAUGUGAACGUGUAUGCAGACGGAGCCACCAGAGUGCUCUCAUUUUCCGACACCAAACACACCUCCAAGGUAUCAGAGGAGGACGAGCGCACCACACUGCAGGAGAAGCUGCAGGUGACGAGUGAGCGGAUCGACUUCGCUCGCAAGGUGCUGCAUCGCGCUCGAGCUCUUGCAGGGGACGCCCCACUGGAUGCUUUGGAGGCACAGCCAUCGUACAUCAAGACUCCUGAGUACAGUGCAGCAAUGGCCAGCUUCACGCCCAACCACCCCCCCUCCGUGCGCUCUACUAGCAGCAGCUCCUCUGCUCGCAGUGCCAGGCAACUCCGUCGCAGCAGCAGCGACACUCCAGUCGCCUCUACAAGCAGGAACCCCUCGGCGUCCGUCGUAACUGCCACUGGCGCUGGCAGUGUGAAGGAGCGGUUCUUUUCCAGAGCAGAUUCAGAGGGCUCCUCCCCUCGCACUCCUCCAGAGACCUUCCCCGUGUUUACUGGCAGUAGUUCUGAGCCUUCUCCUGCUAGUAAAGCCGCUGGGGCAUUAAGAAUUGCCGACGCUGGGGAGUAUGCAGGCAAGGCAGAAAGGCUGAGAGGGCAAGAAGCACUUGACUACCUGUACCUCCCUGGAAGCGCGGCCGCCGUGCCUGAGUACCCGAUGAGACUGGUCGAGGUGACUGCGUAUGGCGUGCAGGCAGGAAUGCGGGCUGUGAAGGAAGGGAUGGAGGUGGUGGAAGGGGUGGGGGGGGUGGCAGAGAAGACUUUGAAAGGGAAUGGUCUGUACGUUGAAGCAGUCAAAGUAUUGGAUGCUGAGGUAUCGCAAGGGAAUAUUGUCGAAAUGGCCAAGCAUGUUGAAUCCGCAGCAGCAGAUGUGAAAGGGAUGCCGAAAUCGGCAGCACAGGCAUUGUCGAAGGAGAAAUCAGAUGGGGCAGAAGCUGUGGCAGUUAAGGAAGGGGCGCGUCAGGGGGAGGUGGUCAAGGAGGCAGAUACAGCAGCAGCAGAUGCAGCAGCAUCUUUAGACGAGUCAACUGCAGCUGGAAAAAUACAGGGUGUCUCAGCUUCAGCAGCUUCAGCUGGAGAGCUGGCUGAGUCCGACACCUGUGCUCCUGGCGCAGCUGCUACUGCCAGUCCUGGCGCAUCCGCUACUGCUGCUCCUGGCUCAUCUGCGAAUGCUGCUAUUGUGUCUGAUGAUGGUGAUGCUCCCUCGACCAAAGCUGGUGGGAGGCCGUGGGAGAGAGUGAAGCGGCGUUUGGGGUUCAUGAGUCAGGGCAAGGGGAAGAGAAAAGCACAGCUGCUGGAGCCGAAACAAGAGGAGAACGAUAGUACAGGAGGAGAGAAAGGUGAGUAUGACGGAGGAGAGCACAGGAGGUCAGAGAGGCUUGUUCAAGAGGCCGAUGGCGAGUUGAAUCACGAAGGACUUGAGACGGAUGAGCUUUCUGAGAAAGCACGGAUCCUUUCAUGUGUGAGGGAAGGAUCAGAGGAGGAAAGUGAGGGAGAGGAGGAAGGAGGGGAGCAGGGAAGCAGCAGGGAUGCAGGCAGAGAGCAGGGUGCAGGUAUUGGUGCUGGGGUGACUGGUAGUGAUGGUGGGAGAAUCAGUGACGACGGGGCAAGUGGACCAGAGAAGGAGAGCGUACGUGUGCCGCCUCCUGAACUCGGUGCAAGGCCUACCCGGGGCCGUGUGACUUGGAAAGGUGUCGUGGACAAGGUUAGUGUUGGCACCACUGCUGCUGUGGUCAACACAGGGAAGAGAGUGACAGGAGCGGCAUCAGCUUUGCACUCCGCUGCAUCUGCUUUCCUGGACGGCACCUCAGAGAAAGUUCAGGAGAAGUUUCACGAGGCGAAGGAGGCGUUUGAGGAAGCAGAGGAGAGGGCGGGGGAGUGGCGGGCGGAUGAAGGGUUCAAAGCGCAAGUGGGGGCGAUGAGGACCGUGCGCUCUAUGGAGUCGUUCUUCGGGAGACAGGCGGAUAAGCUGGUGAAGGCUUCCCAUGUUGCUGACAUGGUCAAAUCCGCAACAACUGCAGAGCUGCGGGCACACUGGCCCCAUGACAGCUUCAGGUUGCCGUCGUCUAGAAGCGAGGGAGGAGAGAGUGUCGGGGAAGGGGAAGGUAGUGAGUUGAUGCCCGUGCCGACGUUUGAUGAGCUCCAGAACAUGGCAGGGGCGGCAGCUGUUGCGGAGAGGGAAUUUAUCGGGAAAAAUAGGCCAUCUGGAUUGGUCAUGAGCGCGAGCGUCGCGGCAGGGCAGAUGGCAGCAGUAGCAAGGCGAGGCCAGGAUGUGGUGGUGAAGGCUGGGUCCGUGGUCAAGGGAGCGGUUGGGAGUGCGCUUGUUGCCGGGUCUGAGGCGGCUGUAGCAGAGGGAAAGGCCCUGGUGGCUGGGACGGCUGUAGCGCUGAACGUUAUGGGAGGUAGGCUGGGGGAUAUUAAAGAACACGCAGAGCAGGACGUGCAAGUGAGCCUUGCAGACUGGCGGAGACGAAUGCAGGAGGCGGGGAUAGGGGCGGAGGAGGAGGAGGACAUCAGUGAACUGCGGCAGGAGCGGAUCCAUCUAGGCGACGAGGAGUAUGAUGCAGGGGCGAUCGUGGGAGGCGACGUGACGGUUCAUGUGAUUAAAGCCAUGGAUCUGGGGCUCCGGCCGGAGAAGACGCAUCCGUACGCGGUGGCGCAGGUGGAGGGGCGGCGGCUGCGUUCGUCGGUGUGCAAGGGGACGGUGUGCCCGCAGUGGGACGAGUUGCUGGUGUUCAAAGGCGUUUCUACCACGUCCAGCAUGGCUGUCUCUAUCUUCAGCAGCGAAACCAUUGGCUCACACAAGUUCCUUGGCCAGGUGGUGCUGCCGCUGGUGGACGGCAGGGCGCUGAACCGCGAGCCCGGGUGGCACAAGCUGAGUCGGCGCACGGCGCACGAGACGGUGACAGGCAGGGUGUUCCUGUCCACGUCGUGGGACGCCACAGAGCUCGAACUCAUGGCUCUGCAGCUGCGCGCGAAAGAAGCCGAGCUGGAUGCGUUGGAGGAGCGGCUGGCGCAGGAGAGGGAGGCGAGGCCGCGCGAAGCAGUCAUGGCAGCAGAGGCCCUCGCCAACCCGCUCGCGCUGCUUCCCCGCACGCCCUCCUCAGCCCUGCGCACGCCCACAGGGGGCCCAUGCUGCGCCGCAUGUUCACUCUCAAGGGCCCUGGGGGGAUGGGUGCGGCUGCCUCGUCCGUGCCGCCUGCUGCGGUGCAGCAGCAUGCCGCUAAGGGCCAGCUCAAGUACAUGCCAGACCCACCUCUCUUUUCUCUUUUCCGGCCGGGGGAGAGUGCCAGAAGGGUGGCUUCACUCCAACGCCAUCUCUCACCUCUGCCUGCACUCCCCCUCUACUCACCGCUCUACUCACCUCUCUCUACUCACCUCUCUCUACUCACCUCUCUCUACUCACCUCUCUCUACUCACCGCUCUCUACUCACCGCUCUCUACUCACCGCUCUCUACUCUCUCACCAGGUGAAGGUGGUGGAGGCGAGGCACCUGGCAGUGCCGGCGGAGUGGCUGCGCUCGGUGCACCGCAUGCAUGCCUUUGCUGCGCUCUCCGUGGUGUCCCCCUCGGGCACCAGCACGCUCCCUGUGAAGACGCGCGUCAUCAAGGGUAGCUUCUUCCCCAAGUGGAACGAAACCUUCACCAUCAACGAUGCUGCUCUCACCUCCUCGCUGCGCGUGCAGGUGUUUGACAAGCCAAAGCUGGGCAGCCCCAACCUCCUGGGCGAAGCUACAGUGGACGUUGCCACCUUCAAGGAUGGGCUGCCACAGUACUUGCUGCUGACUCUCAAGCGAAGUGCUGCAAGAGAAGGGGAGCAGGAGGCGGUGGGCGGCAGCAUUCGUCUUCGAGUGCACUGGAUGGUGGAUCACGGGAAGAAGGCAGAGGAGAAGACCGGAGUCAACUUUAUGGUGAACCUGCACGGGAUGACCGUGUCAAUAGUGGACCGCCUGCCCCGAGAGAUCAUGCUGGUGCUGCUGGAAGAGAUCUGCUGCUCCUGGGAGGAGUCGGUGAAGGAGGUGGCAGGCAAGGUGGAGGUGGGAAAACUGCAGGUGGACAAUCAACUGCUCACGGCUCGCAACCCCGUUGUGCUCUCGCGCACCCAGGCCUUCCCAGCAGAGGCCCUGUUCAUGGAGCAGGGCAAGGAGCUGGCGAACCAGGCAGCGCUGGCCGGCAUGCUGAACACAGACCCCUCAGCCAGCAAGGAGAAGGAGAAGGCAUUCAUAUCAGUGGAGUUCACGCGGCUGCUGCAGCACCCCUCCAUCGUCUACUACCGCCGCUUCCUCUUCCAACUUCAAGAGUUCGACCUGGUGUUGGAGGAGGAUUUCGUGGAUACGGUGGUGGCAUACCUGCAACAGUUGCCUAUGGAUGACCUGUGGCAGGAGAAGGAUAAGCGGGGCGGGGAGGAGGAGGAGGAGAAGAAAGACGACGAGGAUAUGAUGGAGGACAUGGCCGGUGCUCCCAUCGCCAGGACUUACCUGACCCGCGACGCAACCAUGAUUUCCCCGUCGUCCCGCCGGCACUUAGUUAAGUCGGAGCAGCUGGAGCCGUUGGUGAACCGCAGCAGCUGGGUGGCGGGCAACCAGGGCCUGCGGUGGUACUUUGAGCGCUUCCAGGUGCAGCCGAUGCGCAUCAACGUCACGCUUGUCAUGAACCCCAUCAAGAGCGACGCGCCGCCGCCCUCUGGGAGCAGCUCCGAGUGGCACCUCCGCACCACCGCCUCCUCUGCUGGCUUCCCGCUCAUUCCGCUCACCCGAGCCCCGCUCAGGCUCAACAGUCUGGUGCUGGACAACGCGUUUCAGAAUCAGAGCACGCUGCAGACGUACGUGCUGCGCCACUACGGCGUGCAGCUGCUGCAGGGCCUCCACAAGAUCCUCGGCUCUGUCGAGCUGCUCGGCGCCCCGCUAUCUCUGGUGGACAAUCUCGCUACAGGAGUUAUGGACUUUUUUGUUGAGCCCGCCUCUGCCACCACGCCGGAGGAGUUCCUGAGCGGGGCGGUGAAGGGCACGGUGAGUCUGAUGAAGCACUCGUCGUACGGUGUGCUGCACUCCAUCAGCUCCCUUGCUGGCGGCAUCGGCACUGGCUUCGCCAAGCUCACCUUCGACGACUCCUACAUCCAGAGGUUCAGCCAGCGACCGGAGGGAACAUCGCAGCAGGUGCUGCGAGGGGCGCAGGACCUGGGGCUGGGCUUUGUGGGUGCGGUCACAGGGCUGGUGCUGCAGCCUCUGGAGGGCGCACGCAGGGAGGGGGCCGUGGGCGCGGUCAAGGGCGUGGGCAAAGGGGUGGUUGGGCUGGUUACCAAGCCGCUGUCGGGGCUGCUGGGGUUUGCGUCGACGCUGACUGAGAGCGCCGGCACGGGAUCCGGGCGAUUGGGGGGGACGUGUCACGGCGGACUGUCCCGCGGAUUCGGCUGCCGAGCACGUUUGGGCGGAAUGAUGCCAUCGCGUUGGAGCCAGAGGACAACGUCGGGGCGCAAGGCCCUGCUCUUCACUGUUGUGCGCCUCAUCUUCUAUGACUGCCAGCGCAACGUCUUCUACUGGCAGAUUCCCCUCAAAGACAUAACCUCCGUGAUGGGGAUGGAGGGGCGGCUGGAGAGCAUAAUUCUGUACGAGGCAGACGUGGUGAUCGCACGCAAGAAGCUCCCUCUGCGCGUGCCCGCACGCAAGGUCAUCAAGACCACAACCCGCGAGCUCCACAUGGCGCUUUUAGUUAAGCUCAACCGGCACUUAGCCCGCAUUCGCGCCACACUCCAGUCCUCCUCGUCUCCAUCGACCCCCCGCCACGCGUCCCGUGAGCCAGUUGCUGCCGGCGCUGCAGCUGAUGGGUCAGUAUCCUCCUCUCGCCCCCCAUCUGCUGGUUCCACUCCUGCUCUCUCUCCUUCCCCUUCGCUCCCGUCCCCGCUCCGCCUUGCUCAAUCCCCUGGAAACGUGUCUGAGCUGAGUGCUGGCAGCGGCAAGGCAGCAGGGAGGCCUGGAAAAGCAACUGGUGCUGGCAUUGAUGGGCCGAGCAGUGGUGGUGGUGGGGGCUCCAGUGGUAGCACUGGGAGAGCCCAUAACAGGAAGCAGUCAUCUCUGUCUAAGGCGUUGUCCUUGCAGAGGGAGGAGCAGGAGGAGGAUGAAAAGGCAGAGGAGGAGAAAGUGGCUUCUGAGGCGGCUCAUGUGGUGAGUGUGUCGGGUGGAGCCGCCGCUGCAACGGCAGCGACACGUUGGAAAAAGCAAGCCAAUACGAGAGAUGGUGCAGGGAGGGCAGCUGACAAGGGCAAGGCUCCUGCAGAACUGACACACAGCCGCUCGGCUCCGGCCAGAGCUAGGAAAAGCAGCUUUCGCAGGGGCAAAGCAGCAGGAGGAGGAGGAUGUUACGAUUUGGGCAAGCAUGCUGUAAUACAUGAAGAUGUGGAUAUGGAUGCAGCACAUUUGGACCAGGACAACAGUGACGAGGAUGACUAUAGCGAGGAUGCAAAUGGCGUGGCGGCAAGGGUGACUCAGUUGGAUAGGGAGGAGCGGCAAGAGGUGCGGCGUAAUCUGGAUGCGAUACUGACGACUUGCCAAGUGGCGAGUGCAAGUGCUGGUGGUCGAUCGGACCCUGCUUCAGCUCUGGUUUCUGUGAAAUUUCUUGCACUUGCGGCGUAUUCGCGUGAACAGUCGCAUAGGGCCCACCAGGCCACGCUAGGAGUGACAGCAUCGCAAGGUGUGGGGAGGGGUGAUGAUUCGCAGUGGGAAGAAGACGUGUCGGCAUUGCUGCGCACAAUGGUGGCGUUGACUGAGGGCGGUGAGACUGGCUCGUCAAGAGACCAGGCACAGAUCUUGGGAACGCUAGAGGCAAUCUGCCACCAAGCCAUUGGCCGGGUCUCCGGCCAUUGA